GCAAUACGUGGGUAUGGCUCUCAAGAUCAACCACUGGUCGUUCACGGACUCGAGUCCGAGGAAACCGGCACUUCAAGAAGGUGAGGCGAGCAAACCGUCUCAUCCGAAGAGUGCAGUACCUGUGCGAGUAUUGCUUCAGGAGAGGCAUUCAUUACGCCAUAGAACAGCCGAACUCUACUCUGUUAUGGCAUUAUGCCCCUCUUGAGGCGAUGCUGCGGCGACACAAGGCCAGAGCUAUCUCAAUCCCCCUUGGGGCCUUUGGAUCCUUGAGUGAGAAAAGAGUGGCCAUCUACACCACGGCCCCGUAUCUAGACCAGCUUGGCUGCAGCCUCGAUCCGGUCCGAAGGGAGCGAUUGGCCCCACUUCGUAGCAGCCUCGACCUGGAGAUCGUCCGGAAAUUUGUCUGUAGCAAAUCUGGUGAAGUGAAGGUCGCUGGAGGUAAAGACCUUUCCAAGACAUCGGAAUACCCAGUGGGACUGGGUCUGAAGGUGGGUGAGCUCCUCAAGAAACAUGUGAAAGUUGAGCAACCGCUUCCAGAGAUGGACCUUGAGUUUCACGACCUAGAUGGGUCUGAUUCUG